AUGAAGCUGGGGAGGAGACCCGGGGGAUCCAGACGAACAAAAAGCGACCCGGUCCCCCUCGCCGUCCUCUCUCGGGAGAAGAGGGCCAGAGAAAGAAGGAAAGGAAGCGAACGCCUCCUCACCGCGUCCCCCCCCGCCAACCGCCCCCGAAACACACACAAAAGGCAGGCCCGAGUCGAGGUCGGGGUACCCCGCUUGGCAGACAAGAAAGCUCCUCCACCCCCUAGCCUCGGCGGCAGAGGCUCGCGGCUCGCCAGCUCUGUCGCGGCGGUUCGCAGCCCGCACUGGGGGCACCAGAGCGGCUUGUGGAGUGAAAUAGGAGCGCGCGCGACGCUGGACGAGCGAGCUCGGUCCGCAGCCCAGCUAGGCGAGCUGCGCGAGAAGCGAUCAGUCAGCCCAGAGACGAGAAGUCGCCUAGAUACAGGCUCCAUCUCUGAAACCAUCGGGCAAGUUUAG